AUGGCCACGGCCAACAAGAGAAAUACAAAAAGACAAGAUUAUAAGAAAAUGCACGAAGGAAUCGAGCUAGACGUUGAAGUGUUUGAUAAUAGUAUAAAGCACGAACCAGUUAUAACAACGAACACCUCAGGCGGGGCCUCCUUAGAACCGGAAGAUACACAAAUGAGUCAUACUAAAGAAACUCAUGAAAAUGGUGAUCUCGCUACGAGCAAGGAAGAAGACGAGGAAAUGCGUCUCAUAGAGCAGGCGAUCGAGGCAGCCGAGGCGGAAAAACAGGAGAUUUUGAAGACAAGAAAGAAGGAAGAGUUACGGGCGCAGUUGCGACGUAAACAACUAGAAGUGAAGCAGCUGAAAGAGGAAGGUAAUGCUGUUUAUCAACUUGAUAUUGAACCUAAUCCACCCCCAGUUCCAACACCAAAACGGCCAAAAUUGCCAAAUCAUAACAAGUCGGAAGGCCGGGUCACAAUAAAUACUCUAAGAAAAAACAGUAAGCUUUCAAAGAAGGUAAACCAGCAGAUGAAACAACUAGGUCUAACAGACCCUGAUUUGGAUGUGUCAAAUUCGGACAGUGACUCAGAGUCAGAAACAGACUCUAGUACCACCAGUUCCAGUGACAGUAGUGAUACCGAAAGUAGUUCAGAUUCUGAAAUAGAGACAAAAAAGAAACACAAGAAAUCUACAAAGAAAUCAAAAAGUAAAAAGUCUGGUAUUAAAGCCAAAAGUUCUGACAAAGUAAAAUUCGCACAAAAAUAUCCACACUCCCAACUUCGGUAUGAGUUUGUUAGUAGGCAUAUUUCUUUUCAAGAUCUAAAUUUGAAUCUUUUUGUAGCCGGGGAACUUGAAAUAAUAUCAGAAAAACAUAUUAAGUCCAAGGAAAGAAGUGGUAGAUUAAAAUUAUUGAAGCGUUUAAUGGAUCUGAGUUCCACAUACAGCUUUUCCAUUCUAAAAUCUUAUUAUGCCGCUGUGCUCAGAGAGAUAGAAUUGGGUGAAAAAUCAUGA